AUGGCCAUCAUCGAACCUGUACCAGAUACGCCGACGCCGACGCCGCCCCAGUCCUCGACCGGCGGCCCUGCCGCCCCUGCCCCCAGCGCGGGUUCUGGGCCCUCGGAGACCAUGGCCGGCUGGGCCAACCAGACGUCGCCGUCGCCGCGCAACCUCGAGGAGACGUUAAAGUCGUUUGACUCGAUCCCCUUCUUCAUGCAGGACCUCGAUCCGAGCAACGUCGCAAACGACCCGGCGGCGCAGACCAAGCUCGAGGCGCUCCAGGCCCUCGCCUUUGACGGCACGCCCGACGAGGUCGCCGCCAACUUCAAGGAGCAAGGGAACACCAAUUUCGUCCACAAGCGCUUUAGGGAGGCCGCCGGCUUCUAUACCCAGGCCAUCGAGGCUGGGCCAGAGGACAAGGCGCUGAGGGAGACGCUGCACGUCAACCGCGCCGCGUGCAACCUCGAGCUGCAAAACUACGGAAUGUGCCUCCGCGACACGUCGGCCACGCUCGCCAUCAACCCGCGCAACAUCAAGGCCUACUACCGCGCCGCCCGCGCGCUCCUCGCCCUCGACCGCUCCGCAGACUGCGUAAAGACGUGCGACCUCGCCCUCACCAUCGACGACGCAAACCAGGCCAUCGCCGCACUCCGCAAAAAGGCCCAGGAGCGAGACGACCUCGUCAAGCGCCAGGCACUGGAAAAGGCCGAGCGAGAGCGGAGAAAGAGGGAAACCGAGGCCGCCCUCACCCAGGCCUUUCUCUCGCGCGGGCUGUGGCUCGAGUCGUCGCCGCGCCCUCCGGACAACCCGACGCCGGCCCACUUUGACCCAGAGGAGCUUCCGCCCCACUCGUCGCCCAAGCUGCCCCUCGUCGCACCGCCCUCCUCGUCGUCGUCGUCGUCGACGGUGCGGUGGCAGGCACCCGACCCCAUCCGCACGCCCCUCGUGCUGCCCGUCUUCUUCAUCUACCCGGCCCACGCCCAGUCGGACCUGAUCCAGUGCUACGCAGAGGACACGCCGCUGCACCUCCACCUCGAGAGCAUGUUCCCCUCUCCCCCCUCGCUGCCCUGGGACACCAAGGGGGAGUACGUCGCAGACAACCUCAACGUCUACGCCACCACGCACAAGCAGCGUCUGCUCAAGCUCGGGAAAAAGCUCACCCUGCGUCAGAUCAUGGACCAGGCCGCAAAGGAUUCGCCCGACCCCAAGAAACCCCAGGACCGGGACGGGAUGGUCAUGCGCGAUGGCAUGCUCAGCCUCGUCGUCGUCCCAAAGGGCGACGAGGAAAAGGCGUGGGUCGAGCGGUUCAAAAAGCAGCGCGACGAGGCAAAAAAGCAGUAG